AAGCACCGUCGUCGAACGACCCCUGCACAACUCAAUGUGCUCGAAGCCCAAUUCGAGUCGAAUUCUAAGCCUGAUGUUGUUCUACGAAAGCAACUUGCUGAAAAACUCGACAUGACCCCCCGGGAGGUUCAAGUUUGGUUUCAAAACCGAAGAGCCAAAACUAAAAAA